AGCCGCAGCCCGAGCCCGCGCCCGCGCCGGCGCCGCCAUGCCCUUGGCCUUCUGCGGCAGCGAGAACCACUCGGCCGCCUACCGGGUGGACCAGGGCGUCCUCAACAACGGUUGCUUCGUGGACGCGCUCAACGUGGUGCCGCACGUCUUCCUGCUCUUCAUCACUUUCCCCAUCCUCUUCAUCGGAUGGGGCAGUCAAAGCUCCAAAGUACACAUCCACCAUAGCACGUGGCUGCACUUCCCUGGGCACAACCUGCGCUGGAUCCUGACCUUCAUGCUGCUCUUCGUCCUGGUGUGUGAAAUCGCAGAGGGCGUCCUGUCUGAUGGGGUGACUGAAUCCCGCCAUCUCCACCUGUACAUGCCAGCUGGGAUGGCAUUCAUGGCCGCUGUCACCUCCGUGGUCUACUAUCACAACAUCGAGACCUCCAACUUCCCCAAGCUGCUGAUAGCCCUGCUAGUCUACUGGACCUUGGCCUUCAUCACCAAGACCAUCAAGUUCGUCAAGUUCUAUGACCACUCCAUCGGCUUCUCACAGCUGCGCUUCUGCCUCACGGGGCUGCUGGUGAUUCUCUACGGGAUGCUGCUCCUGGUGGAGGUCAAUGUCAUCAGGGUGAGGAGAUAUAUCUUCUUCAAAUCACCAAGGGAGGUGAAGCCCCCUGAAGACCUACAGGACUUGGGGGUACGCUUCCUGCAGCCCUUUGUGAACCUGCUGUCAAAAGGCACCUACUGGUGGAUGAAUGCUUUCAUCAAGACUGCCCAUAAGAAGCCCAUCGAUCUCCGAGCCAUUGGGAAGCUGCCCAUUGCCAUGAGGGCCCUCACCAACUACCAGCGGCUCUGUGAGGCCUUCGACACCCAAGCGCAGAAGGACUUGCAGAGCACGCAGGGGGCCCGGGCCAUCUGGCAGGCGCUCUGCCACGCCUUCGGGAGACGCCUGGUCCUCAGCAGCACUUUCCGCAUCUUGGCUGACCUGCUGGGCUUCGCCGGGCCACUGUGCAUCUUCGGGAUUGUGGACCACCUUGGGAAAGAGAACCGUGUCUCCCAGCCCAAGGACCUCUCUGAUUCGUUGAGUAUGUUGGCUUUCGUUUACAUCAUCUUUGUAGACUCCAAAUAA